AUGGCAGAUCCGUUGGUGCAAACAGCAAAGGAAAGCAAGUUGAACGCUCUUAACAAGAAGAUAAUCGAAAUAAAGAAAAAGAUACAACUCUCAGAGGGACAGCGGAAGGCCUGCUUCGAGGAGUGCGAUGCGCAGAAAAAAGAGAACGCUGAGAAGGUCGCCAGGCUGAAGAAGGAAGUCAAGGAGCUUCAAGUCACCUUUGCCAAAGCUAAGAAUUCGACGGUUAGAAGAAAUCUACCUUGCCACUGGCAAAAACAUUUCAACACCGUAAGAAAGUCAACAACGGACUCGCACCAUGAAAAUGACAUCCUCUUAAUUAUUUUGAAGGAGCAAGAGGCUGCUGAUACGGACGUUCUGAGAGGACAGGAUCAGUCAUUGAGCAGCGUGAAGAGGAAGAACCUGGUUGAGGCGAUAGCUGGACUAGACGAAGACAUCAUCCGUCUACGCAAAAAGCUCGACUUGAUCCGGUACGAAAGCGACAAGCAGCAAAAAAAGCUGACCGGACUCCUGCAGGAGUAUGAAGAGCUGAUGAGCGGAACUGUUCAAAAGUUCACGGAACAGAAACUGGAAAAUCCCGUAAAAAAGAAAAUCAUACGGUUAGAAAAUCAGCUGCAAAGAAUUCACGUGAUGCAAAUGGAGGCUGACACGGUGCGGAAGAAAUACAGAGGCGUGCGAUCUAGUCUGAAGGCCGACGCGGCGCUGUACGCAUCCUCCUUAAAGAUAGUCGAGGAGCAAAUUCAGGAGCAGAAAUCUGAAAUCCGUCGACUACAGGACGUGAAAGAGGAGGCGAUUCACCUACGCGACAUCACCAAGGGAACACUGAUGAAGCAGGAGGUCGAGGCGAUGAACACUUCGAAACAGCGUGACGGCGUUAUUCUGGACUACAGGUUUGACACUGACAAGAAAGUUGAAACUCAGGUAUCUCACAGGCAGAGGGUUGAGGAUCGAAGGCUGGAGCUGGAGCGAUUGGAGAGAAUGAUAUUCCCGACGGGGCGACCGGUUGUGCGAGAGGAUUACGGCCUCCAGGAUGAUCAGUCAGAGAAAAUGCCGGCCAAGGAGAGCACGGAAUAUUUAGAAGAGUCCUUCGCCAAGCUCAAAGAAGCCACGGGAGUAUCGAGAACCGAAGAUGUCCUGAACAGGUUUCUCAGUCAGAAGGCGACGAAAGAUAAACUGCAGAAGAUGCGGGUGGCUGCUGAGAACGAGAAGAUCAGCCUAGAGCGAAAGAGGCAGCAACUCAUGGCGGAAAUCGAGAAGCAGAAGUUUUCGGAAACGAAAGAUGCCGAACAGAAUGCCGAGGAGUUGGAAAACUUCAAUCGUCAAAUCGCCGAGCAAAUUGAGCGUCAGCAAAAGGCGCUGACUGAUAAUAAACGAGUUCAAGAAGUCUUGAUGGAAGUGAACGGUACACUUUGGUUACUCUGUGACAGGCUGAGGCGAGUUCGCGUUUGGAAGGUGGCAGCUGGAAAACCAAUAGAACCGAUAUAUCCAGUCGGCAGCUAUCGUUUACUUUGUAAUGUUUGUUUUCGAUCUGGAUGCAGAGGUGCUAAUGCAGUCUGCACCCAGGAAGGUGAGAAUUACGAGGAUAGAAAUGAAGGGGAGGACGUCAGCCUUACUCCGAUACCGGAGAAAGCCGGACCAAUCGACGAUAUUUUUGAACUUCUAGACAUCCUCCAGGAAAAAGUCAAGACGACAAUCGAGCUCGCCAGAGAUCUGGAGAAGAACGUUGAGGUCUUCGAAGACUUGAUCGGCGAGCAGAUCGAAACGAUUUCGAAUCCGUCGGACGAUGGAAAGAUGAAAGAUAUCGACGAUCGUCCAUUUUUCCCGACAUUUCCGUCAGCCUCAACACCAGCAGCUCCAGCGCCGCCGUCGGAGGAUGAGGAAGAAGUUCCAACUCGGAGUGUCCUUAAACGCCAGGCACAGUUGCUCGUCGAUACGAAGAGUCGAAGAAAGGGAUUCAAUUUCAGGAGAUAG